AUGAAUCAUAGAAAGAGUUUAUCACCGUUUAGUGAAAAAGUGAGAGUUAUUUAAUUUACUUGUUUAAGAUUGGAGUUCCUUUACCCAUUAGUUAGUGAACCCCUAAAAGUGAUAGUGUGUGAAAAACAUACCUUCAUUGCUAAACCUUAAGAUCAAAGAUGUGCAAUUGUUAACUAAACAUAAGCUAUUGAAGUUUUUAAUCAUAAAAUCAAAAUUGAAAUCUAAAACUUAGGGACCUCGCAAUUAGACUUGAAUACUUACUAGGCCUUUUCAUUGGAAAAAGUUCCAAUUUAUGAUAGAAAAAAUCAGAAACAAUUGAUUGGAUUCCUAUGUUUUAAGAUAGAUGAAACAUCGAAAAAGAGCACUCCAAAUACUAGCAUUUAAAACUCAAGAGAACAAUCAUUAAAUUUUGGUUCAAAUUUAUUUACCAUUGCAUUUAGUGAUUAAUCACAACAAUAAAAUUCUAAGUAACAAAAUUCAAUUUAAAAGUAUUCUAAUGAAGAAAUAAAGAGAAAUAUUGACUAAAUCGCUCAAAUUUAUGAAGAAAUGAGCAGAGAAUAAAAUUAAUUACUAUAAUAGGACCUAAAAUUAAAGAAACUGGACAAUGAAAUUAAAGAUUUGAAUUAGUAGUUAAAAUCCUUGCAUGAUUAAGAGCAUCACUUAGAUUUAUAAUUUAAAAAAUUAUAAACUCAAUCUCCAUAAUUAUAAAUGUUGAUUAAUCAAAAAAUACAAUAACAAUACUCAAUCCUAACUUUUAAGAAGAAAUAAGAAAAUCCAAUUUAAAAAUAAUCGCCCUCAUAAAUAAUUAGAACUGAGCAAACUAGUCAAAGAUAGAAGAAAACUAAUGUUCUUCCGUAAUAAGUAACAAUUAGUUUAAUUGAAUAAGAAAAGUUUAUGAAAAAAUAAAAUAAAGAGCCUGAAAUUCCAGUUAAUAUGUCUAUACCCUUUUCUUUUAAUGAAUAUUUUAGUUUAUUCAAAAAUUGA